AAAGAGAAAAGGAAAAUCCCAACUUUUUGCAACUUUUUGAACUUCACUGCUUCACGAGCUCUCUCUUUCCUUCUCUAGAGAACAGGAAUUGCAAAGAAGAAAAAGCUAGGGUUUCUCUUCUCUAUUACCCAUUACUAUAAGUGUUUCUUCUUUGUUUUGAGUUCGAUUAAGCACCUCUCUUUUUUUUUUUGGUCUCUUCAAUUUUCCUUUUAGAUUUCUGUAUUGUCCUCUUUCUGUUCGAUGUAUCGUUUCUCUGAGGGGAUCUAUUUGGUGUGUUUGAGAGACACCAAAUGCAGUUACAGUUACUGUUAAUUUCCAAUUUUUUUUUUUGGUGCCUUUUGUUUUUGUUAACCUUUGAAUGAAUUUAUGAAUGAAUAGAAUUUGUUGAAAGUAAAGAAAUAAAAGACGAGAGACAAAAGGACCUCUAGUUAUAGUUAUAGUGCGGAAGAAAUCACUUUAUAGAAACUUCCAUGUGAAGCAAUUUGCGUUGAACGUGAUCCAUUCCCAUCUCUUUUAUAACUCAACUAAUCAGAAUCUUAUUUCCAUCACAUGCUAACUCUGUCACUCUCUUGUCUCUAUCUUAUUUCUUGCCUCUUUGGUAGUAACUAUAGGGAAAAUGGGGUCUUUUUUUAGUUUCCUUGAUCUUCUUUUCCUUGGGUACUUCAUUCUCAUUUAACUUCGUGAUUUUGGGUAAAAUUCUUUUUCCCUUUUAUUUAUUACAAAUUCUUCCAAGUUGUUCUGGGUUUUGUAUAAUUUUGGGAGAUCAAGCCCUCUAAAAGUAUGGAUAGGUUUUAUACUUUUGCUUUACAUCUUCUAAGAUUCAUGGAGUUUACUAGCAUUGACACUGAGGGAUAUUUAUAGCAUCUUUAUAUGUCUUAAGAUUAGUGCUUUUCUGGGUUUUAUUUAUGAUUUGUUUGUUUCAGUUGUUUGUAUUUAGUUAGUGAUGGAGGAUAUUGGGUUAGUUAAGCAAGGAUGGAAAUGGUUGCAAUCGCAGAAAUAUGCCUAUUUGCGGGUGAAAACUACAGCAUUAUGUUUGAGGGACAAGAUUGGGGUGUUUAUAGAGCGGCAUUGGCCACUGGUUUCUAGUGGGUUUGUGAGAUUUGGCUGGUUAGUAAGUUUCUUGUUGAUUUAUUGGAAAGACUGCUUUAUAAGGGGUCUCCAGUCGGUUGUCAAACUGGGUUCUGCAGCUUUGCUUCUUAUAAUGUGGAGUUGCUUUCUUAGUCUCACAUCAAUGUCAUGUGUGCUUUAUGUCCUGCUUAGUAUGGGAACUGCAGGAGCUGCUGUUCAGUAUUUGGGUUACACUCCUGGACUGUUUAUUGUAGGACUCUUUGCAAUUUUAAUUUUAUGGAUGUAUGCUAACUUCUGGAUUACUGGGACAUUGUUUAUAGUUGGAGGUUACUUGUUCUCCCUAAACCAUGCACGCUUGGUGGUCUUAAUGGCGACUAUAUAUGCUAUUUAUUGUGUGAAAGUUCGAGUUGGAUGGCAUGGUGUUUUCCUAUCAAUAAACCUUACAUUUCUAUCAAAUGAUGCUGUAAAUUUUUUGCUCCAAUGGUGUGAUAAUAUCAAUGAACGCACACAUAUUGAAGAGCAGAAGGAAUCUGAAACAGUUAUGCAAGAUGAGUUCUCUACAGAGUGUGAAUUCUCACUUCCCACAGAUGAAUCUGAAAAGCUGCAGUCGUGCAAAUCAUCUAGCAAGCCAGCUACUACUUCAACUGUUGUUAAUAAUCAAAAUGAAUCUUCGAGUAGAAAGGUAGUUAGAGAAGAAACAAAUUCAGCUGAUGAGAUGAGAAGGAUAUUAAACAGUGUAGAUCAUUAUGAAGCACUUGGAUUUCCUCGUCAUAAACGAAUUGAUGCCACAAUUUUGAGAAAGGAAUAUCGAAAGAAGGCCAUGCUUGUGCACCCUGAUAAAAACAUGGGAAGCCCUUUGGCGAGUGAAUCAUUUAAAAAAAUUCAAUGUGCAUAUGAGGUUCUUUCGGAUUCAUCAAAGAAGAGGGACUAUGAUGAGCAAUUGAAGAAGGAAGAAUCUAAGACUAGGGGUGUUUGCCAAAAGUCUCAUGCUGCAGCAAAUCAGAGCAAUCAAGAUUAUUGCUCUGAGGAGUCGAGGCGUAUACAAUGCACGAAGUGCGGUAAUUCACAUAUAUGGGUGUGUACAAAUAGGAGUAAGGCCAAGGCCAGAUGGUGUCAGGAUUGCUGCCAAUAUCAUCAAGCCAAAGAUGGAGAUGGAUGGGUUGAGUACAAAGGCUCAUUGGUUUUUGAUAAACCUCAAAAGAUGGAAAUACCCCGUGCUUUUGUUUGUGCGGAAAGCAAAAUCUUUGAUGUGUCAGAAUGGGCUAUUUGUCAGGGAAUGGCAUGCCGGCCUAAUACCCAUAGGCCCAGCUUCCAUGUAAACAUGGUUGGUCUAGAGAAGACGCAACGAUCCAACUCGAGCAGAUAUCCCUGGGGUUUGGAUGCUGAGAUGAUGGAUGAGGAUGAAGAAUUUGAGCUGUGGCUUCAGCAAGCCUUGGCUUCUGGGCUCUUUUGUGAGACCUCCACACGUAGGAAGAGCUGGAGUCCAUUCAAAUUGCAUCAAAAGAAAGGGAAGAAACAAUGGCGAAGAUCGUCAACUUGAAUGAUCGAAAGGGAGAAUGAGCAGCGCAGAAGUUUUCACGAGUCACGACCCAUCCCAGGUAAAUUGGAACUGUUUUCUAGGGCAAUUGAAUGGGAUCAGGAGCAGUUGUUCCUUCAGCAGAAUGAGACUUUGAUGUUUCCUGCCAAAAGAGAUUGGUUGUUUAGGGGUGAGCAUUGGUAGAUGUUUGGCAAAACAUUUCAGGGGUGUUUGAGCACAACCGCGGAUAACCUACCGACAAUUACCUUCUGCCCCAUCACCCCCAACAUCAUAAGCGGGAAAAAGAAAAAAAGUAGAGCAGAGAAAAGAAAAGAAAAGAAAAGAAAAGAAAAAGAAAUGUACUCCUAUACAUUCUGUGUGCAUUGCAUUGAUUUCCGAUGCCUAUGUACAUAUUCUUUCAAUAAAAUUCUAAUUUUGCUACUA